GCCAAAACAGCCCAAACUAACCCGCAAGGGAGGUCAACGCGGGCUAAGUAGAGCGGCGUCCACCUGCAACAAACAACCCGACCUUGGCUCACUCGACACUUAUCUGGACCUCUCUGGUCCCUUGAGUUGUCCGCGGUCGCUGUGGCCACUCCUCUUACUUGCGCUGAAUUCGUUCGCUCAGCCUGUUCGUCGACUCUUGUCGCUCGGCUUCGGCUGGAGCUCAUUGUUCGGCAUUUCCCCAUGUUCCUCGCGCAACCCAUUGAACGGACGACACUGCGAACCAGCCUCUAAUUCCAGCUUGAGUGUCGAUCACAUCCUCUCGCACGGUUCUUCUUCGUCAAAAAGCAAGUAGUGGCUGUCGAUGCAGUCAAGGGAGCACCAGAUUGCCGGCAGCGGGAUUUAUCCACGGUCCUGUCACAGGCUCUUUCUCCACGAUGAUGGCCGGCAACCAAUAUGGCCAGCAAUGGCAACAAAACCCAACACCCUCGUCCCAAUAUGACGGUGGAAAUAAUCAGAGGCAAUGGCAAGAGAAUGGGAGAGGCCAGGGUCCUUACAAUCAGGAUAACCAGCGCUACAAUGACUAUCCAAAGAGUCGCAAUGGCUAUGGCCCAGGUCAGGCGCCGGCGCUGGCGCCGACUGGGUACGCCCGAAACGCGCAGUGGGAAGGUCAAAAUCAAUACCACCAACAAAGUGGUCAUGAGGCGCAAUACUAUGAAAAUGGCGAGGGAUAUUCACGGCCGUCCCAGCCAAGCCAAUACGAUCAAGGUCCCCCUCCCAGUCGGCAGUAUCAAUAUGAUGAACGCUACCGCACCCAAGGGCCAGGUAGACCUCCACAGCCUGAUCACGGCUAUGCCAACGCACAGAGGCCACCAAGGAACCAGUGGUCGGAGCCUUCCACACCUCAGAAGAGAUCCAGAGCCCGCGACCGCAUCUUGACUGAACCCACGUCCCCCAAAAAUUUGGCUUGGGAUAACCCCUUUGGUGCUUUUCCUCCCAAGAAGAAGCCAGGAGACAAGAUGAGGCACGAGAGACACGCCAGUCUGGACCACGCAAUGGCGAGUCUCGACAUGAACGAACACCAUCCUGGCGGUGGCUUUGAAGCAAGACCUCAUACUUCCAACAGUCAAAGAAAAGAACCCCCCCGUCCUAGUACUUCGCAUGACCGCCACGACCGUCACCCCGAUAUUGGACAGCCGCCGCUUCCGACGCAAGGCUAUCCUAUGCCACCCAGUCGAAACUCGCCGGAGAUGACUUACCAACAGCCACCUAUGCCCCGACCUCAGGGUGGAAUGGGCAGUCCGAGAAUGCGACCGGCAGGACCUCCGCGAGGACCCCCGCCGCCGAUGAAUAGAAAUGGACCUCGUCCCGGCCCUCAGGGUGGAAUGGAGGACUUCAAUCCUCGGGCGAACUACAAUGCCCCGGGUAAUUAUCCACUGCCAGAUCGUCGGGGAAACAAUAAUGUCUAUGACGAGGGGUACGCUUCAGACUUCAUUCCACAGUCAAGAGCACACAUCUCACCAAUAGAUCGUGCUCCGCAAGGGUAUCAGUCCAGACCUCCAGCCCAGGAGGAUUACCAUGCCAACUCAAACCGAGGAUUUCCUCCUAAUGGUUCCGCGGAGACCACCCAAUUGAGAAGUAGUCAAAUACCGAAUUUUGAUGCCAUUCCGACCGGUGUGAAUGAGAAGACCGAGGACCACAUGAUUGCGAAUCAACCGUCUGGGUUUGGUCAGAACAUCUAUCAGAAACCAACUUAUCAAGUACCCGGCUCGUUUCCCAGUCAGAUUGAUACAAAACAGUCUAUUUCUCCUCCAAACCAGACCACUUCUCCUUUGGCCGAAUUUUCGUUCGAUUUGCCUGGCUCCUCGCAACCGGCAAUGGCUGGCAGAAAUGACAGUUCUGCACAAGGUGCAUCCUACCGCGGAGUCUACACCGGACAGGAGACAUUUGGCGCGGGAGGGCCUCCAAGGGGUGUAUAUGGGGACAUCAAGGCUCAGGAUCCGCCUGGUGCGCAGUAUCCCCCGCCUCGUACUGCCAGUCGGAACGGCAUAAAGCCGUCAAUGGAAAGUGACGCCUCAAGACCUCCGCUGCCAAACAAUGGCCAACCCUAUCGAUCAUUUAGUCAGGAUCAGUAUCCCAUCCGACCACAUACAAGCAAUGCGCAACGGCCACCGCAACAAAGUUACGAAAUGAUGAACCCAUAUGAUCAGGACUACGGGCCAGUGAACCGGGCUCCCUCAGCACCUGCUGCACCUCCAGGUCCCGUUCCAUCUGAUCAAAGCUAUGUUUAUCCAGGACAGGGCCAACAAUAUCAACAGCCAUAUGGACAGGGCCCACCGUUGCGCAAGGCAUCCCAGGACAAUUACAACGGCGGCCCUGUUAGGCCGAAUGCUUCCAACUCCGCACAUCCAGUACCCGUGAGACAUUAUCCAGCUCCCAAUGCAGAGACCAACCCUGAUGCAUUGCCAGCACACCCUACUCCAGUGAGAGCAGGACUAAAAGACAGCAACGGGUAUCCGGCGAAUCAAACGCCACCGGCUCAGCCAAACCAGCGGCGUGAAGUUUCAGGGUCUUCGCCGCCCGUCACUGCUCAAGAGCUGAAUAGCCUCCGCGAGAUGUACAGUAGGAAUCCAGGUGACCAUGCUCUCGGUCUGAAGCUCGCGAAAAAGAUGGUCGAAGCAGCUAGGGUGCUCUCCGAUGAGAACGGGAUGGCGGACCAGAAGACCACUCAAAAGAACCGUGAAAAGUACAUAUUCGAUGCACACAAACUGAUUAAGAAAUUGGUGGCAGCCAGCUACCCAGACGCAAUGUUCUAUCUGGCCGACUGUUAUGGACAAGGAAUGUUGGGGCUUGCCGUGGACCCUAAAGAGGCCUUUUCUCUCUACCAGUCGGCGGCGAAGCUCAAUCAUCCUCAGAGUGCAUAUAGAGUCGCAGUGUGCUGUGAAUUGGGCACCGAGGAAGGUGGCGGAACUCGACGUGACCCCUUGAAGGCGAUGCAAUGGUACAAACGAGCAGCAACGUUGGGAGACACCCCCGCUAUGUACAAGAUGGGAAUGAUUUUGUUGAAGGGACUGCUUGGGCAACAGAAGAAUCCCCGUGAAGCAGUGUCGUGGUUGAAAAGGGCUGCCGAGCGGGCGGACAAGGACAAUCCUCAUGCGUUGCAUGAACUGGGUCUCAUUUACGAAUCAGCCUCGUCCACGGACCAUAUCGUGCGCGACGAAAAAUACGCUUUUCAGCUGUUCCAGCAAGCUGCCGAGCUGGGAUACAAAUACUCACAGUUCCGUCUUGGGUCCGCCUACGAGUAUGGGCUGCUCGGUUGUCCUAUUGAUGCUCGCCAAAGCAUCGCAUGGUAUACUCGAGCUGCCGCCCAAGGAGAGCACCAGUCAGAACUGGCACUGAGUGGUUGGUACCUGACUGGUUCGGAACCCCUGCUCACGCAGAGCGACACCGAGGCAUUCUUGUGGGCACGAAAAGCUGCCAGUUCGGGGCUUGCCAAGGCAGAGUACGCGAUGGGAUACUUCAACGAAGUAGGUAUCGGCACGCCGGGCGACAUUGAAGAGGCCAAACGUUGGUAUUACAGGGCGGCCGCGCAAAAUUUCCCAAAGGCACGAGAAAGGCUCGAGGAGCUGAAGAGGGGAGGUCCGAAGCAGCAAAAGACCCGGGUGUCGCGAUCGAACGUCAACAGGCAGACUGACGGGGAUUGUGUGGUCAUGUAAUAGGAAGAGAGGAAACACGCCGGAGCAAGCCAUUCUCGCUGCUUUCCCUUUUCUCACCCUCCAUCUUUCUCGAACUUGGUCGCUUGUUUCUGGCCCCCUUUCCACUUCCCUUUCGCGUCUACCGCCCCUUCGACAUGAGAUUCGAGAUUGGGAAAGUUUUCCUGUAAAUAUUAUCCCGAAGAGAGGAGGAACGGACCAAAAAAAGGGAGAAAAGUCCCCAGGUAAUGCUGCGAGGAACAUCGUGUUGAAUGUGUGGAACGCCGAGGAACGAACGAACGACGAACCGGGUGGGUGGUUUUGUUGUCGGCCCCUGCCCUCACGUAUGCGUGUAUGUAUGUACUUGUAUGUACGGACGGAAGGAAGGAAGUUAAUCCGACUCCUGUGAUGUGA